AUGAAUGCUGACUUGGGAACGGGUUAUUGCCGCCCAAGAAUCAAUCCAAAACCAAAGACUUCGCAAGUUCAUGGAGUCUUCUACUACAAGUAUUUAAUGAUAUUUUUCAUCAUCAGUCACCAGACUCACCACCAUCAUACACCAUAUCUUUCGAAGCUCGUACCACCCAUGUUCACCAUAACUCUGCACAUCUCCUUCUUUCUCUACGUCCUCUUCUCUAACACCACCGCCGUCACCGCUGUCAUCGGCGACACUGCCAACGCGCCACCUUACAUUCCAAGCGACUACUUUUUCCUCGACUAUGGUUCAUCUUCUAGUUUGAACGAUGCCGACGGCCGGACCUGGAGCGGAGAUGCCCGCUCCAAAUUCUCGCCGUCAAACAUUUCAAACACAUCUUCCGAAUCUACAGUAUCCAAGCAAGACCCUUCUGUCAAUCAAGUCCCCUACAUGACUGCUCGUAUCUUUCCCUCUCCAUUUACCUACACCUUCCCAAUCUCCGCCCAUCCAAAAUUCAUUCGUCUCUAUUUCUACCCAAUUAAUUACUCUAACCUGGACAUAGCCAACUCUUUCUUCGCCGUCACCUCCGACGGCUAG